CCUUAAGUUAUGUUUGUGGUAUAAUAAUCUAAUAUUCUCUGCAGGUACAGAUCUGUAAAAUGAAAACAUAUCCACGUGUUCUGUAAGGUAGUUUUGCAUACUGUAGUCAGUAAAUCAAUAUCACUGAAUACAUCCAAUCUAAACCUGCUUCAUCAUAAGCUUGUGAUCUUGUUUCUGACAUAUCAAUUGUCGUGCCUCGAGCAGUUAGUUAUUCUACCUUGUAAUGAGAGGCUUGUGUGAGAGCUAUUUUUACAUUUUCAUUUCGCUGUCAAAACAACUUCAUUUAUGAAUCUCUGGUCGAACUAGCCCGGCCGCAUUUUAUCUGAAAUGCACGCGGUGUGAUGCGUAGCUGCGGUAUCGGUUAUGACUAGGCGGGGAUCAGGCGAAGACUAAACGUGAGGUCGCGUUGAUUUUUGUAGAGAGCUGCGGGAGCUGUAGACUGCAGACGCGUUUCAUAUCAAAUCUUCCAGCGCGUCAUGGUGGUAACUAAAAGCGUUCUGUGGAUCUGAGCAAGUCCAGUGGCGUCGCGAAGCACCACCGUGAGUAGGAGACUGUGUAGGGGGAAGAUGGAAGAGGGGGGCGCAGGUGUGCCUCGCGACCAGACCCGGGGGCCUUCACAGAGCAUCAUUCUCACCUAUUACCAUGGGGACAUCAACACAGUGGUGGACGAACAUUUCUUUCGUGCUCUGAACAAGACCAGCAUGCCAAAAGACCUCAGCACCAAGUCCAGGGAGAUCCAGAGGUCUUCCAAAUCUGAUGUGUCCACUCCAACCUCGUGGUCUCCGUCAUGGUCUAAGAGCCUGGCAUCUGCAAGCACCUCCAGCAUGAGCCAAGCUUCCUCCAGUGAGGAAACAGUUCAAACUCAGGGAGUGAUCAUAGGUCCAGCCACAAUACCCACUGGCUCCUGGACCUACCCCACUAGACAGGGGUCCAGCUAUGAGGUGCCCCCAUUACUGUACCGACAGCCUAGCGUACCACAGAGCAGUCCAUCUUCAUUCCUCCAUCUCCUACACACGGAUCGGCCAACAGGGGGUGCCAUGGUCACCCACACCUCUAAGCCUGACAUGGAGCCUGAGUGGGGUGCUGGGAGCGCUUACAGAGAUUUGGGAAUGCAAAUGCCAGACAAAAGUAAGGAUUUAUACUGGUAUUGAGGUCAUCAUGUUCCUGUGUGCCCUUCAGAAAGAAUGCAGCUUUAUCCACACCGUCCAAGGAGAAACUACCGUCCAAAAUGACAAUGUUAAUGACACCUUGGAAACAGAGUGUCUUAAACCAGGGAAAACUGCCUUCUGCUCAGCUCACAUUGAUCUCGGGGUCACAGAGUGAAAUGAAUCACAGUCACAGAUACAGGCUGGCUGCCGCAUAGUGCAAGCAUGGGAGAUGAUGUUUGAAAGUUAAAGCACCAGAGCAGAGCUCAACCACUAUGUGCUGAGAGAAGCAUCCUGCAGUGGUCCAGCGCCACUCUGCAUUUGAUAAAAAAAAACAACAUAUAAUCUUUUAUUCAUGUUACAUAGUCUGCUUUAAGAUAACUGUUUAUAC